GUGUGCCCCCAGGUCCAAUGUCAACAGACGUGCAAUUGUGUAAUAACGAUGUGAUUGUUUAUUUAAAUAGAAUACAAUUGAAAGGCUUUACUUAUUUUUGGGAACGUAAAACAACUCGAUUCUAGUCUUUCAAUAAAUAAAUAUUCGAGAUAUUUGGUAAUUGCAACGAGAAUUGUAAAUUGAGGUUAGGAUUUAUUUAAUAACAGAAUUUUAAUUCCUCGUCUGGGAUUACAAAUUAUUGAGAUAAUCGGUCGUGUUCAAUGCUAAUUGGAAGUGCAAUUUAUUACAUAUUCCUGGGAGAUAUUAAGGGAUCACCACGUAAUUACUAUCAGAGGAUUAGGGUAGGGAUAGAGACUGGAGAUUUGGGUCUGAGGAUUAGAUGUGUUGAUUGGGACCGGUCGCAGUAGAUAUAAUACCUGGGAAAAAUGCAAGAUAAACGUCUUAUUGUUAAAUAUGUGCCGGUGAAAGAUUCUUUUGUGUUAGUACCCAGCCCCUGGCAUCGUAAAUUGUCCUCUCAGGCUGGUGCCAUAAAAGUGUCCCACGAAGGGAAAGACUUCUAUUUUGCCCCUUCACAAUCACAAUCAAGUCCAGGUGAUUUUUUAUGCAUAAAUGCAACGUUUGGAAAAUGUUUGCAAAUAAAAGAAGGGACAGAAGUCAAUGUUUCUUAUGUUCCUGACCCACCUGCACUGACAAACAUACAGGUUCAAACUGUCAACGUUGAGGACUGGCACAUUGUGAACCUGAAAUCUCAUAAAAUCGAGACGACACUCCUGGAUCAAGUUGGUAUCGUAUCCCUGGACCAGCCGAUUGUCGUCUGGCUAUCAAAGUACCUGAAUGUUACGCUCCUCGUCGAGUCAAUCUCUCCCCCCUUUCGCUACGGAAAAAUUGAGAAUCACACGGAAGUUGUGGUUCGGUCUGUGAGUGUGGAUAAAACCUCUGGUGACAGUCAAAAGAAAAUUCCGCGGAAUUCGCGUCCUAAAAAAUGCGAAACAGAUUGCGAGAUUUUAAUGAAGAACUGGAGGUGUCCAAAGCUCCCCGAGAUAUUCCGUAUUUGUCUAGUGUCAUUGGACGAAAAAUAUAGAGUCAAUGGAAUUCCAGAGACUGAAAUAUCGUCUCCCCAUAAUAUAUUCAUGUUCUCGAGUCGAUUGAGGGAAUUAUUUCCCGAGAGGAAGAAUUUUUCGAUGAUUUAUGGGAGGAUUAAGAGAGUAUUUAAAGAGAAACAAAGCAGUAAUUUACCCGUCAGCCUCACUAAUCAGAGAAAUAGUGAUAAUGAGCCAGAGAUGGUCGUAAGUCUCUCCCCAGUGGAGCAUUUUUUAAAUAAACAAUUUAUUGGAUCGAACGGAGACGACAAGAACAUUUGGUUGUCAGAGGGUUUAAGGAGAUAUUCACGUCUCCCUCUGGGUACAAAAGUUCAUAUAGAGCCACUGGAGAACGUGGACAACAUAGUUACAUCGUUAGGAAUCCUCUCCUCGGGAGAUUUUGAUGAAAAAACCCUAGAGAAUAAUUUUAAAGAUUACGUACAUCAAUAUUCCACGAAGAACGACUUAAUUAUUUCCCAAAACACGAGGAUCUCCCUGGGGGACAGAAAAUGUAGAAUAAAACUCCGUCCGGAUGACAUCCCCCACGUUCUGCUGAACGAUGAGAAGCUGAGGACAAUAAAAAUCGAAAUAAUUCGGGAGGGGAAUACCCAGGUUAAUGAAGAGACCCUCGAGGAUAAUCUUCCUCCUCAGGAAGUUUAUGAAACUCCGUUGAAGAAAAUCCUAGAAGACUCCGUGCGAAUGCUCACGAUGAGCCUGACCCCGCAGGAUUAUUCCUUCCCCCGACAGAACAUUCUAAUCUGCGGGUCCACUGGCACCGGCAAGACGACUCUCCUCCACCACCUCCAGCAGAAGAUGGAGAAUCCUCCGAACUUCAUGAACACGAUUUUCGUGGACUGUCGAAAGUUGAAGGGAAAGAAAGUCGACGCAGUUUCGAAAAUUUUCACCUCGACGAUGCACGACUGCGUGUACUACCAGCCCUCAGUACUGUUCCUGGACAACUUGGACAGCAUCACGAGUCGCCCGAGUGACAACGAGGAGGAUUCCCCGGAUGCGACGAACGCCACGAGAAUUUCCGAAUCGCUGAGCAGUCUCUUCACGAUUUAUCAGUCUUCCCACUUGAUUUCUAUCGUGGCCUCCAGCACCCGAAUGGAGCGUCUGGGGGUGGGACUGAGGCCCUCCCGAGGGGUCCACGUCUUCCAGACGAUGAUGAACGUCCCGAGCCUGUCGGCGGAGGAGAGAAUCGACUUCCUGAAGUUCAAAUUGCGAGGGAAAGUGGAAAUUUCGGAGAAAAAUUUCAAUUGGGAGUUUUACUCGGGGAAGACUGAAGGCUGGGUGUUCCAGGAUCUCUCGGAUUUGUCCGAGAAGUCGGUGUUCAUUGCCUGGAAGCGUGGAAGGGCCCCAGUCGUUCUGGAGGAUGAGGAUUUGUCAAAGGCCCUGGGAAUGAUCAAGCCAUUGUCUCUGUAUGGGGUGUCGCUGUUCUCCGGGGAAGGUAACAGCUGGGGGGAUAUCGGGGGCCUUGAGGGGGUGAAGGAGUCCCUCAGGCAGAUCCUCCAGUGGCCCUUGAUGUACCCAGGACUCUUCGCGAAGGCCCCUGUGAGACACCAGAGUGGAAUUUUGUUGUAUGGAAUGCCGGGGACUGGGAAGACGAUGUUGGCUGGGGCCAUCGCCAAGGAAUGUGGAUUAAAUUUCAUUAAUAUCAAGGGCCCGGAGUUGUUAUCCAGGUACAUUGGGGCCAGUGAGGAGGCUGUGAGGAGCAUCUUCGAGAAGGCCCAAAGGAUCCGGCCUUGCAUUGUUUUUUUUGAUGAAUUCGAGAGUUUAGCUCCGAGGCGAGGCCACGACUCCACCGGUGUAACAGAUCGAGUGGUAAAUCAACUUUUGACCCAAUUUGAUGGUGUCGAGGGUCGUGAAGGAGUCGCUAUCGUGGCGGCCUCAUCGAGGCCCGAUCUGUUGGAUCCGGCUUUACUGAGGCCGGGUCGUCUUGACAAAUCGUUACUCUGUCCACUUCCGGAUGAGCAAACAAGGGCAACAAUCCUUGAUACCUUGUGCAAACGCCAGUCCAUCGAUGUUAAACAUCUUGACCUCGUGGCAUUGGCAAAAAUGACAAGUGGGUUUACCGGAGCUGAUCUCAAUGCUGUCAUCACGCAAGCUCGGCUGAACGCUGUGGAGGAGCGAUUGGAAGAAUCUAACAGCUUCGAGGGGAUGAGAAUCACUCAGGACAUGUUGAUUCGAUCACUGGAGGACACUCAACCGUCUCUGACGACUGGGGAGAUUAGCAAAUUCAAUAGGAUAUACAAUCGAUUUAUGAAUGGAGGGAAUGUUCCUGAUGACCUGGGGAUAAAACAAAAAGCCACUCUAGCUUAAACAGCUUAGGAUUAGUGAUUUUGUAAUUGAGACUAAUAAAUGCCCUUUAAUGAAAUGGAAAUGUUAUAACGACAGGCGAAGACGGCAGCUGACAGAAACCUCAUUAGACAGUUUAAUUAACGUCUCCAGAUAAAGCGAUUCGGUUCCACCCCCUUUUCACUGUUAAAUAUUGUUCUUAAUUUUAUAUUUAAUAAAUAGCUCUCUGAAGAAUAA